AUGUCCUUCUUUGGAUUUGGAGGUGGAAAAAGUGGAAGCAGUUCCAACGUGAACUCUCCAUCAUCAGGAGACUCUCAACAGCUUUCCUCUCCUUCCUAUGAUACCGGAAGAAAUAUUGAUGACAUUGUGAAAGGACUAUUGAUUGCUUUAGAUGACGCCGAUAUCAAAGUUCACAAAACAAUUCAUCAAUCAUUAAUAAGCAUUGGUGAUCAGUGUGAAUUAUUACUAUUGAGCAAAUCUCUUCAUUUCUUGAAUAACAUUUGUUCCAAAUCGAACAAGAAACAUCGAGUGCUCGUCAUGAACAUUCUCACCGAAUUAUUGAAUAUGAAACCUUCAAGCAAUGAUUUUGCAAUUGUUCGUGCAUCGAAUGUGAAAGCAGCAGAUAAACCUUUGAAAGUUCCAGAUGACCUCUCUCGUGCACUUGUGCUGAUGGCAAUUAAUGAAAUGGUUCAAGAUAAAUCGAUCAAUUCAGACUGGCAAGCAAGUGCUUGUAACUUGUUAAUUGCCUUGUCACGUUAUGUACCUGACCUAGUAACUGGACAAUUAUUAGAGAGAUUUCCAAUUAGUAGUACAAAUCCACCACAUUACUUUGUAAUCAAAGCAUUGAGUGAUAUUGCAUUUUAUUAUCCUUUAUUAUUUAUUGGUAAUUUAAAGGAAGUACUUUCAAGAACUUUACCAUUGUUAGCUCUCAUCAAACAUGAUAAUUUGAGAUGGGUAUUUUGUGCCGCGCUGGGAAGAUGGUCUGAAGCCGCAAUUUAUUGUUUGGAAUUAUCCGAGAAACCUUCACAAAAUAAUGCAAUGUUGAAUCCUAUUGAUAAGUCCACAAUUUCACAAUAUCAUUCAUCCAUAUUGACGGCAAUGAAACAUAUUUUGUUAGAAUGGUUGAAUGUGAGAGAAACAAAAAUUAGAUUAGCAGCAGCACAAUCCAUUGGUUAUAUGUGUCACAUUAUUGAGACAGACCAACUCAAUCAAUUAUUGCCAAAAUUAAUACCAAAUUACGUAAAUUCAUUGAAAAAGGAAAUUAAGGAAGACCCUCUUCCAGUCACAAUUGGUCUUCAACACAUUGUUAAGGUUGUAGUUCGGGAUUGUGCAACAUCACUGAACGAUCAAUUGCAACCCAUACUCGGAACAUUAUUUUCUGUUUUAAUUACCACAAUGACAAGAAGACAAUCCUACAAGAACGCAAACAGAAACAUUACUGAAGUUUUGAGAACUUUCCAUUUCAUUGCAAAGGCCUAUACAGAUCAAGUGGUUUCUUUCGUACAGGCCCAAUUGGAACAACCCAAUGGAAGCGCCAUUGUUCACGUGAGCGCCUUGAAAACUCUCAGAUAUUUGGUUCUAAAUAAUGACGACGACCUUGUUUCAUACAGAGAUGUCAUUGUGAGUGGUUUGAUGAAAAUCCUCAAAGAUCCAUCCAAUCAAAUGAUGAUCAUUGCAGAAAAUGUUGAAGUUCACAACGAAUUCAGUGUCUUAAUUCACACACUCGCUCAACACGAUGGAUACAUGAAUUCACAGGGUGGUACCGAUCUAGUGCAUGUCAUUUUGCGAGGUUGUGCCAUUUCUGAAAAGAGAAUUUCUGAUGAUUUGAAAACCAAAAUUCCAGCUUCUCUUGUGUCUACUGUUGGUAGUGAAGAAAAAGCUGCUCAAGCCAUUAUGACCCGAAAUGAAAAGGAAGAUGCCAUCAUCUUUGAUGAAAAAGUACUACUCUCAAGUGAUGAGAAUAGAGAGUCCUCCAAUAGUACUCCAUCAUCUCCUCAGGUCGGUUCUUCGACGAAUUCGAAAGAAGGUUUGGAUCCACAAACUCUCCCACAAGUCUACACUUGGUAUCAAGUGAGAGAAACCUGUGAUCGCAUCUUGUUAAGUUUUACCACAAAAUUGGGAGAGGAAAUGGAUAAGGUGUUGUGGCCUUUCCUUUUAGAAUCAUUUGUCAUGCCACUCUAUGACACGGCCUUCCCAGUUUUGUGUCGAGCCAUUGCUGAUAUUAGCAAACGAAAGAAGAAUGAUGAUGAUUUUAUCAUUGAUUUUGAUGCACAAGUUAACAUUCCAAAACCUAAUUUCAUCUUUGCUCGUUUGUUGCUCAAAUUGACUGUUCCAUUUGGCAGAAAUCAACCAGCGGUCAACAUCUUGCGUGCCUUGUAUUGUUUAUCGCCAAAUAUUCACCCGGAUGUGGUACAAUUAUGGGGAAAGAAGUUACCAACACUGAAAAAGUAUAUUGACACAUGUGAAAGCAAUGCUUCAUUCGUUCAAGAUGAAUGGGACAAUCAUUUAUUGAAUCUCGUGCGUGACAGCAUUGAUAGUGUGCAGGAUGACAAGUGGGCUGUUGCAUUGGGAGAGGCCUUGUUAGAACACUCUGAAAUUUUUUACAAGAAUAAUAGACUCUUGAAGAAAUCUUUAUUGUCCACUGUUGGAUUGAUUAUUCAAAAGAGUCAAUUGAAACAAUUUAUUCAUUCUGCAGUUGAGAGAUGUUUCAAGAUUACAGAUCACACCAAUGAUGAAGAAAGAUUAGGUUGUGCUCGUGGUUUGGGCCAGGCAGCUGUCAACCACUGUGACACUGUACUCGCUCAAUUACAAAACGUAAUGAAAGCUCCAGAAAAGAAGACAGGAUUCUUUGCCAGAAAUACUGGUAAUGAAGUGACACACUUUGAGAGAGCCACUGCCAUGUUAUCCUAUGGAUAUGUUUCCAUGUUAACUCCACUGUCCUUGAUUACAUCUCGUGUUGAAGUUCACAUUAUUAAGAACAUGAUUCCGAUUUUGAAGCCACAACCUCCACAACCAAUUCCAUACGAAUUGAAAGAAAAUGGUUUGAAGGCAAUUGAUUUAAUUGGAAAGUCUGUCCAUCCAAGUAGAUUGCAAGAUUUCAUUCUCAAAUCACGUGACGAAUUGAUAAAACUUGUCAUUCAAAUAAUGACACCAUCGCCCCAAUUGUUACAACAAGCCACUACCGUUCAGCAACUCCUCUCAAUUAACAAACUUAGAAUUUUGGGUCUUGAUGCCUUAUCUACACUUGUCAAAUUGCCACCAAAAGUUGAAGUGGAGAUUCAAAACGAAAUUUUCAAUAGUAUUUUACCAUUACUCAAGAUUAAGACUACUGUGAAAACCGAUCCAAAACAACCACCUGUGACUGGACUCGAUGAUUUAGUCUCUACAGAUGACUCCAUUAUUGAAAGCCAUAAUAAUAUAUUAUUUGCAAUUUUACACACAGACAACAGCCAAGGAUCAUUGGAUGAUAUUCUCAGAGCUUUGGAAACCGAUCACAUGAAUUCUACGAAUGCUUUGGAAAGAGAGCGAGCAUGCUCUAUUUAUGUUUCGUUGUUGAAAGAUUUUGCCAAGCUCAUAUCACAAUAUGAUCAAUCUGCUACCAAUAAUGUGUUUGGAAACUCAAUGACAAGCUUGGGAAGAAUUAUUGGUCAAUUAAUUCCUCGUAUUACAGAAUCGGUCACUGGCACUAGAAAAUAUGGUUUGGAUGGCAUUUAUCUCGUAUUGCGAAUUCAACACUUGUUGGAGCAUAUCAAAUCUCAAAAUGAUGAAUUGCCAGAAUAUAUUGAAAACAUUGUUCCACUCAGAAACCAAUUAUUUGAAGCAUCUAAUGUGAAGGAGUUGUUUGAAGUCACCAAGGAGCUUUCACAAAUACUCUGUGAAGCAAUCAAAGAUAAGAAUCAUUUAAUGAAUCUCAUUGAUACUCUGAUUGAUACAUUGAAUGAUCCUGAAGUGGAUGGAGCAAACAGUUCAUGUAUUGUUUUGAAUGGGCUCAUCCGAUCAAGAGGAAAGGAACUUGAACAUGAGGCUGUAAAUUAUGUGAAAAAGAUGAUCAAAUUAAUUCCUCAAUUUAUUUCUGGACAGAGAGAACAAAUUGUGAGCGGACUCUUACAUGGUGUUAGAGGUUUCACAAGACAUUUCCCAUUAUUAGUGAUGAAUACACUCAUUGCUUAUCCAGUACCUCACACCAUCGAAGUAACCAAGUGCUUCCAAAUUAUUUCUACUGAUCCAAUGCUAAAUCAACAAUUACUAGAUCAUCUCUUGGAUAUUAUUAACAAUGCUCAACUCUAUGAAGAAAAGAGAGCAUCAGACAGCGUUGACUUGUUUCCAACGCACACCACUGUCUCAGCAACUCAAUCUCUCUAUGAGAUUCUUUCAGUUGAAGAUUUCUCAAGUGUGGCCAUGAAGAAUUACUCUCAAAUUAUUGUUACUGCUCUCAUUCGAGUUGGAAGUGCAAACGAAAUGACUGUAAACCCACCCACAAAAUUCGCUCAGCAAUGCAUUGUUAAUUUCUACAAGUUGACUCAAGAAUUUAGACGAAAUGCCAAAUUAGAAGCAUUGGAAGAAUUGGAGCAAAAUGGUCAUCAUGGCUCCGAGGAGAAUGAAGAUCAUAAAACAACCAUUCAAGAACGUAGAGAAUUAAUUAUCCAACAAACUCCAACUGAAAUUGAGGCUCCAACUUUGGAAAUGCUUUUACAAAAAACUCAAUAUGGAGAUGCUGUUCAAUCCAUUCUAGAAAGGAUUUGCAAAUCUGGUACAGAAUAUGUUCGACCAAUGUUUGAAUAUGUGAAACCAUUCAUUAGUAGAACCUUUAUUGGUCAACGAGUGAUCGCAACAUGUAUUGUUUCUGUACUUCUUAAUCAUAUUCAAAAUGAUCGUGAGCUAGUUCAUAACUGUAUUAAUGCCUUGUUGGGAAGAAGCGGAACUGAUGAACAAAUUGUUGUAAAAUUGUACGCAUUACGUGGAUUGAGCAAUCUCUCGAUUCAUCCAAAAGAUAUUUUGCAUCAAUAUGUGACACCAGUGAUUGGAGCAUUGUUGUCAAAUUUGGAAGAUUUGAAUCAAGCAGUUGUUUUGGAAGCCAUGACAAGUGUGAAAAAAAUUUUCAAGAUUGCUGAGGAUCAAUAUAUUUCACCGCUCUUAAUGAACCUAUGUGUUCGAUUGAAACCAUCCUUUGAGAAGAAAGAUCCUCAAAUUAGAGAAGCUUCUAUCAAAUUAUUUGGAGCUCUUUAUCGUUUCUGUGAUGGAGUAAUGAGAGAGACACUUGUUGCCACUAUUUUCAAUAAUUUACCAAUUUUACUUUGUCACGUUCAUGAUCCAGAGGACCGAGUGAGUUAUGCUUGUCGACUGGCUCUAAGUCAAUUGGUUCCAACUCUCAAGAGUGAAGCUUUUACUAAAAUCUUUGAAGAAAAUGAAUCGUUUAAGGUUGUUGAUCAAGAUGAUCCAAAUGCUCCACUUCCUUCCAUGACCCCGCUCAACUUUGAUGAAUUUGCAGAGAUUUUCGCCAAGACUUGGAUUCGAGAAUUCCCAGAAAGAGUGAGUGAUUUGGUCAUGAAUUUAGUUGUUUUCUAUAAGAGCGAAUGGCACACAGUGUGUGCUUGUGCUGUGUUAAUUAUUGGACAUUUAUUGGCUAAUUUAUCACAAGACCAGAGAAGUAGAGUGAAUUUAAGACACACCACUCAAGGACUCACGGAAUUGCUGAAAUCACCAUCUUCUCUCAUUAGAGAAAAGGCCUCCAAAAUGUUAGGUCUGUUGUAUGAAGCUUAA